AUGUCCGCGACAAAAGACAGCGGCGAGGUCCUCGCCCCGGUCAAGGAGUCGACUUCCUCGCAAACGCUCGCCCAGCUCCGGUCGUUCGCAGCCGGCGGUGUCGGCGGUCUUUUUGCUGUCGUGGUCGGCCACCCUUUUGACCUGGUCAAGGUGCGCAUGCAGACCGCCGAAAAGGGCGUGUAUACGGGCGCCAUUGAUGUUGUCAAGAAGACAAUUGCUAGGGAGGGGCUUGCCAGGGGGUUGUAUGCUGGUGUGUCGGCGCCGCUGGUGGGUGUGACGCCUAUGUUCGCCGUGAGUUUCUGGGGCUACGAUCUCGGCAAAACUCUCGUUUCCUCGCUCUCGACCGUGCCCGUCCACAAUAACACGCCGCAAUACAGCAUCGCCCAGAUCUCGGCCGCGGGAGCCUUUUCGGCCGUGCCCAUGACCCUGAUCACCGCGCCCUUUGAGCGCGUCAAGGUUCUCCUACAAAUUCAGGGCCAGAACCCGCCACCCGCUGGCCAAAAGCCCAAGUAUUCUGGUGGCGUUGAUGUUGUGCGCCAGCUGUACAAAGAAGGCGGAAUCCGCAGCGUGUUCCGCGGCUCGGCCAUGACGCUGGCGCGCGACGCUCCAGGGUCUGCCGCAUACUUUGCAACAUACGAGUACAUCAAGCGUUCACUGACACCCAAGGAUGAGAAUGGCAACGCAAAGGCAGGCGAUCUCCCGCUAACUGCUAUUUUGACUGCCGGUGGUUCGGCUGGUAUCGCCAUGUGGAUUCCUGUUUUCCCUGUCGACACGAUCAAGUCGAAAAUGCAGUCUGCGUCUGGUAACCCGACUAUUGGCGGUACGAUACGUGCGAUCCAUGCCAGUGGCGGGUUCAAGGCGUUUUUCCCUGGCUUUGGACCGGCGUUGGCGAGGGCGGUGCCUGCCAAUGCUGCUACAUUCCUCGGAGUGGAACUAGCGCAUAAAGCUAUGAACAAGUUUUUUGGUUGA